CUUGCAACCUCCGCAGCAGCCGCGCGCAUCCCUCACCGGCUGGCUGCUAUUGUCUUGCGCACCUUCGCAGGUCUUCCGAGGUCGGCCCUUUUUGUCUGCUCUCUUCACCUAGAGAGACACAUGCCGAAAGCUGGGACCCCGCCCCCUUUUCUGUAUCCCUUCUCCAGACCCACCUCACCUCUGUCCUCCCUCUCUAUUCGGUUCUCGAAGGCGGAAGGAGCCGAAUUGUAGACGGAAAAACCCGAAAUUGUCCCCUCUGAGCGAAGGCUUCCCGAAGCAGUGGCGGACGGAGCCGAAGUUCCCCGGAAGGGGUGGAGUGAACGAGUGGAACCUCCGGAAAGACCCGAAGCUUGGGAUCGAUCGUAGUCUCUAGAGGAACCCGUGGUGGAGCUCCGGAAACCUUCGGAAAGUACUGAAGUGUUAAACGGUUAGAAUAGUCGGAAGUGGCCGACUAGUGGCUCAGAGACGGCAAAGAAGAGACGCGCUAGUCUUUGGACAAACCUAAAGACUGGGAAGGUUUGAACUGUAGGAACAGGAACCCUUAGAGGGAGCAAGGCGCAGAGGAACGUGAGGACGCGCGGAACGCUGAGUCGCUAAUCUCCGAAAAGUUACCGAAACCUGAGAAGCCGGUGAAGCCCUCACUUCGGGUGUUUUCGGAAGCAGCCGAAGCCUUCGCCUGCGUACUCUGGUGGAUCGUCCGGAAAUAGCCGACGCGCUUCGGAGCCAGGCUUGGGGGCUAGGGGCCGCUCGUUGGGGGACGGGCAGGGCGAGGGGGCGGAGCCGGGGCGGGGCGGGCCGCUUGGGGCCUUGAUUAGGUAGGCGACGAAGCGCCGGCGGCGGCCGGAAGUAUCCGAAGCCAGCGGCGGAAGUAGCCGAAGCGGCCAGAGCGGGCGGGCGGCAAGGCAAGGCAAGAGGUGUUCAGGCCCUACGCGGCCGCUUCAGCAUGUCGGACUUCGAUGAGUUCGAGCGGCAGCUCAACGAGAAUAAGCAAGAGCGGGACAAAGAGAACCGGCACCGGAAGCGCAGCCACAGCCGCUCUCGGAGCCGGGACCGCAAGCGCAGGAGCCGGAGCCGAGACCGGCGCAACCGGGACCAGCGCAGUGCCUCCCGGGACAGGAGGCGACGCAGCAAACCUUUGACCAGAGGCGCUAAAGAGGAGCACGGUGGAUUGAUCCGCUCCCCCCGCCAUGAGAAGAAGAAGAAAGUGCGUAAAUACUGGGAUGUGCCUCCGCCUGGCUUUGAGCACAUCACCCCAAUGCAAUAUAAGGCCAUGCAAGCUGCUGGUCAGAUUCCAGCUACCGCCCUCCUUCCCACCAUGACCCCGGAUGGUCUGGCUGUGACCCCAACGCCAGUGCCUGUGGUUGGGAGCCAGAUGACCAGACAGGCCCGGCGCCUCUAUGUGGGCAACAUCCCCUUUGGCAUCACUGAGGAGGCCAUGAUGGAUUUCUUCAACGCCCAGAUGCGCCUGGGGGGGCUGACCCAGGCUCCUGGCAACCCAGUCUUGGCUGUGCAGAUCAACCAGGACAAGAACUUUGCCUUUCUGGAGUUCCGAUCAGUAGAUGAGACUACCCAGGCCAUGGCCUUCGACGGCAUCAUCUUCCAGGGCCAGUCGCUAAAGAUCCGUAGGCCUCAUGACUACCAGCCAUUGCCCGGCAUGUCGGAGAACCCCUCAGUCUACGUGCCUGGAGUUGUGUCCACUGUGGUCCCUGACUCUGCCCAUAAGCUGUUUAUUGGGGGUCUGCCUAAUUACCUGAAUGAUGACCAGGUGAAAGAGCUGCUGACAUCCUUUGGGCCUCUCAAGGCCUUCAACCUGGUCAAGGACAGUGCCACGGGGCUCUCCAAGGGCUACGCCUUCUGUGAGUACGUGGACAUCAACGUCACCGACCAGGCCAUUGCAGGGCUGAAUGGGAUGCAGCUGGGGGACAAGAAGCUGCUGGUCCAGAGGGCAAGUGUGGGAGCCAAGAAUGCCACGCUGGUGAGCCCCCUGAGCACCAUCAACCAGACUCCUGUGACCCUGCAAGUCCCGGGCCUGAUGAGCUCUCAGGUGCAGAUGGGCGGCCACCCGACUGAGGUCCUGUGCCUCAUGAACAUGGUGCUGCCUGAGGAGCUGCUGGAUGAUGAGGAGUAUGAGGAGAUUGUGGAGGACGUGCGGGAUGAGUGCAGCAAGUACGGGCUGGUCAAGUCCAUCGAGAUCCCUCGGCCCGUGGAUGGUGUGGAGGUGCCCGGCUGUGGAAAGAUCUUUGUGGAGUUCACCUCCGUGUUUGACUGCCAGAAAGCCAUGCAGGGCCUGACCGGCCGCAAGUUCGCCAACAGAGUGGUUGUCACAAAGUACUGCGACCCCGACUCCUACCACCGCCGGGACUUCUGGUAGAGGCGGCUGGAGGGAUGGCGGGCGGCGGCCACAGAGGCUCCCAGCCUGAGUCACCCUCUUCGCCUCACCUGGAACAGCAGAGCACGGCAUGGCACGGCAGGCAGGAGUGACAGCAGUGACGCCACAGGAGAUGGAGUGGCAGCGGGGCGGGGGCGGGAAGCGCAGGCCCAGCGGGGCGCUGCGCGGGCUGGCAGGCGGGCAGGGGCAGGGGCAGCCAGGCAGCCGGCUUCCUCCCCGCGGUAGGAACCUAGCGUGUUCAUAGCUCUUGGCCAAACGCCUCUGUUGUCCCCGCUCCCCGCCGCCCCGCCCCCUCUCCCUCUUCUCUCCGUCCUGGUCCUGGUUUCUUACGUAGCUGCCCUUAGUCUCCGCCCCGCCUUUCCGUCCUGUCUGGUCCUGUCUGGUCCCAUCCCGUCCCGUUCCCGCCCCGCGGCCCCGGCCCGGCCCCUCCUCUGUGGCAGUUUCAUAAUUUGCUAAAAAGAAAUUUGCUCAUUAAACAUUUUGUUGUAUUUUA